CCUUGACCCUUUUGAUAGUGUAUGCUAAUUAACAGGCUACUCAUAAGAAGAACAGUUCAUAGUAACUUUCAUCCACUUGCGAGAAGGCCCAUUGUAAUUACAAGACUUUAUUCGUCUAAGUUUACUAUGAGUGAAGAAAGUUCAAAUUCAAUUCAAACUCCUCCAACCACCACCACUACCAAUGGUGAAGCUUCAAAUUCUAUUUCUGCUCCAACUGUAGGUGAAGGUGAAGGUAAACCAAAAACUGCUAAAGAAUUAGAAAAAGAGCGUAAAAAGGCUGAAAAAUUAGCAAAAUUUGAAGCUAAGAAGGCUAAACAAGCAGGAGCUAAACCAAAGGGUGAUGAACAACCAAAGAAAGCUAAAGCUAAAAAAGAAAAGGCACCAGCUGCUCCAAUUCCAGAAUUUAUUGAUAAAACAAUUCCUGGUGAAAAGAAAAUCUUAGUAUCUUUAGAUGAUCCUGCAUUUUCUGCUUAUAAUCCAAAGAAUGUUGAAAGUUCAUGGUAUUCUUGGUGGGAUAAACAAGGAUUAUUUCAACCAGAAUUUACUGAAACUGGUGAUAUUAAACCAGAAGGUGCGUUUACUAUUCCUGCUCCUCCACCAAAUGUUACUGGUGCUUUACAUAUUGGACAUGCUUUAACUGUUUCUAUUCAAGAUACUUUAAUUAGAUAUAAUAGAAUGAAAGGUAAAACAACACUUUUCAUUCCUGGUUUUGAUCAUGCUGGUAUUGCAACUCAAUCAGUUGUUGAAAAACAAAUUUGGGCUAAUGAAAAGAAAACUAGACAUGAUUAUGGACGUGAAAAAUUCAUUGAUAAAGUUUGGGAAUGGAAAGAUGAAUAUCAUAAAAGAAUUAGUAGUCAAGUUAAAAAAUUAGGAGCAUCUUAUGAUUGGACAAGAGAAGCUUUUACUUUAAAUCCUGAAUAUAACAAGGCAGUUAUUGAAAACUUUGUUAAAUUACAUGAAGAUGGUACUAUUUAUAGAGCCAAUAGAUUAGUUAAUUGGGAUGUUAAAUUAAAUACUGCUAUUUCAAAUUUAGAAGUUGAUAAUAAAACUAUUACUGGUAGAACUUUAUUAUCAGUACCAGAUUAUGAUAAUAAAAUUGAAUUUGGUGUUAUUACAUCAUUUUCUUAUCAAGUUGAAGGAUCAGAUGAAAAAGUUACUGUUGCAACUACUAGACCUGAAACAAUGUUUGGUGAUACUGCAGUUGCUGUUCAUCCAAAAGAUCCAAGAUAUACUCAUUUACAUGGUAAAUAUUUAUUACAUCCAUUUAUUGAUCGUAGAAUACCAAUUAUUACUGAUUCAGAAGCAGUUGAAAUGGAAUUCGGUACUGGUGCCGUUAAAAUUACUCCAGCUCAUGAUCAAAAUGAUUAUGAUACUGGUAAAAGAAAUAAUUUAGAAUUCAUUAAUAUUUUUACUGAUGAUGGUUUAUUAAAUGAUAAUUGUGGUCCUGAAUGGGUUGGUACUAAGAGAUUUGAUGCUAGAUCUAAAGUUAUUGAAGCUUUAAAAGAAAAGGGAUUAUUUGUUGAAUCUAAAGAUAAUGAAAUGACUAUUCCAACAAGUUCAAGAUCUGGUGAUAUUAUUGAACCUUUAUUAAAACCUCAAUGGUAUGUUAAUCAAAAGGAAAUGGCCAAGGCAGCCAUUGCUGCUGUUAAAAAUGGUGAAAUUACUAUUACUCCAAAAUCAUCAGAAGCUGAAUAUUUCUAUUAUUUAGAAAAUAUUCAAGAUUGGUGUAUUUCUCGUCAAUUAUGGUGGGGUCAUAGAUGUCCAGUUUAUUUUGUUAAUAUUGAAGGUCAAGAAAAUGAAAGAUUAGAUGAUGCUUAUUGGGUUUCUGGUAGAACUAAAGAAGAAGCUUUAGAAAAGGCUAAUGCUAAAUUUAAAGAUGUUAAAUUUACUUUAGAACAAGAUGAAGAUGUUUUAGAUACUUGGUUUUCAUCUGGUUUAUGGCCAAUUGCUACUUUAGGUUGGCCAAAUGUUAAUUCUGAAGAUUAUAAAAAAUUUGCUCCAUUAUCAAUGUUAGAAACUGGUUGGGAUAUUUUAUUCUUUUGGGUUACUAGAAUGAUUUUAUUAUCAUUAAAAUUAACUGGAAAAAUUCCAUUUAAGGAAGUUUUCUGUCAUUCAUUAGUUCGUGAUGCUCAAGGUCGUAAAAUGUCUAAAUCUUUAGGUAAUGUUGUUGAUCCAUUAGAUGUUAUUGGAGGUAUUACAUUACAAGCAUUACAUGAUAAAUUAAGAGUUGGUAAUUUAGAUCCAAGAGAAUUAACUAAGGCUGAAGAAGGUCAAAAGGCUUCUUAUCCAAAUGGUAUUCCUGAAUGUGGUACUGAUGCUUUAAGAUUUGCUCUUUGUGCUUAUAGUACUGGUGGUAGAGAUAUUAAUUUAGAUAUCUUAAGAGUUGAAGGUUAUAGAAAAUUCUGUAACAAGAUUUAUCAAGCCACUAAAUUUGUUUUAGGUAGAUUAGGUGAAGAUUAUGUUCCACCAAAAUCUUCUGGUUUAACAGGUAAAGAAUCAUUAGUUGAAAAAUGGAUAUUACAUAAAUUAUCAGAAGCUUCUAAAAAUACUAAUUCUGCUUUAGAAAGACGUGAUUUUGGUGAAUCUACUAAUCAUAUUUAUAAUUUCUGGUAUGAAUUAUGUGAUGUUUAUAUUGAAAAUUCCAAAUCUUUAAUUCAAGAUGGUACUCCAGAACAAAAGAAAUCUGCUCAAGAUACUUUAUAUACUUGUAUUGAUUCAGCUUUAAGAUUAAUUCAUCCAUAUAUGCCAUUUAUUUCUGAAGAAAUGUGGCAAAGAUUACCUCGUCGUGAAGGUGAUAAAACAAUUUCAAUUGUUGUUGCCAAAUAUCCAGAAUAUAUUAGUGAAUAUGAUGAUAUUAAAUCAUUAGAAGCUUAUGAUUCUGUUUUAGAUAUUACUAAAGGUGCUAGAUCAUUAUUAUCUCAAUAUAAUAUAUUGAAAAAUGGUCAAGUAUAUGUUGAAUCAUCUAAUGAAGAAUUAUUUAAUAUUGCUAGUCAACAACAAGAUUCUAUUGUUUCAUUAAUUAAGGGGGUUGAAAAGAUUUCUGUUGUUAAGAGUAAUGAAGAAGUUCCAAGUGGUUGUGCAUUACAAGCCAUUGGACCUCAAUUAACUGUUCAUGUAUUAGUUAAGGGACAAAUUGAUUUAGAUGCAGAAAUUGCUAAAGUUCAAAAGAAAUUAGAUACUGCUAAUGAAUUUACUAAGAAACAAAAUGAAGCUAUUAGUAAAUUCUCCGAAAAGACUAAGCAAGAAGCUAAAGAUGCAGCUUAUAAGAGAUUAGAAAAGCUUGGUGCAGAAGUUGAGGGUUAUGAACAAACCAUUGCCAUUUUAGAAAAUUUGAAACUUUAGAUAUAAUUAUAUUUUGUAAAUAUUUUAUCAAUAUAUUGAUGUACACUUUGAGAUAGUGCGGGUUAGAUGCAUUUACAGGUUAUGAGUCCUCCCCAUUGUUUAAUGCGUCAACGAACAAAAAUUCAAUGAGCUAAAUUAGGGGGGAGGUGUUAGUAUACGGCGUGUAUGUGUCAAUUGAAUAAUUAAGUAAUUGAUGUAAUUUUGAUUGUAUUGGUUCAAUUCGACGUUAUACAAUUCUUUAGUAGUGAGACAAUUGAUUUCUGUAGCGAUUUUGUGAAGGAAGGUUUAAAUCGAUAACUAAAUGUUGUGUUAUUCAGAUCAUCGCGCCUAAUCUCGAUGACAUGGGCCUAUUGAUAUUUUGACAUAUCCUGAACACAAAAUGCACCUUAUGGCCACCGACAACAAAAGAGUAAAACUAUGGCAUAUAUACUAAUCUAUAAAUUUACUACUUAAGCCGUUCGGCUAUGAAUCAAUU